AUGUUUGUUUCCUUUUGGAGUUUCCUUGUUCAAAAGCAAGCACUGGAGACCCGGAAGUUCUGGGUGAGGCAUGUGAGGCAAGUCGCCGGUCAACUUUUUGUUCAAGGUGAUGUCCACCGCCUCCUGCCGUUGCAGGAUCGCGUGGAACACCAAGAAGAAUCAGCAAUGAAGAAGAUUGGUGCUUUCCUUGCACAACUGCUGGUUUCGGCAAGUUCAACACUGGUUUCCAGAGGCGUAGUGAAGUUUGGACCCGGGAAUUGUGUAUCUGCAUGGGUCGGGGAGGCUUCGCAUUGCGUUGUACGCACGGCCUGUGGGGCACAGCCAGCUUUUGCAGCAUUUGCGAUCCGUGUCGUUUGUGUUGACGAGGAUGGUGGCAGAGUGCUGCACACUUUCCAGCAGGGCGGGUUUGAUGCAGAGGAGACCUUCAACACGAACAUCAAGUGCCACAGGGUUGAAGCAGGCGACUCCGUCCAGGUACCCCAGUUGUCCGCAGCAGCAACCAGCAAAGGGACUGCAGGCUCUCCUCCUGCACAAGCAGCCCCGCAUCACUGGGCUGCUGCCGCAGGUGCUGAGGCAAAUGAAGCUGCUUCACAACAGUUGAGCAAGCUGGAGAGCCAGGUGCAGUUGCUGACAAGCAAUGAGAUAGAGAUGAAGCGUGAAAUCCAGGAGCUGCAGGCCAGGCUUAAUGGAUCCGAAUCCCGGGCGCUCCGUGGAAGAACAGAGGAAGGAUCGCGCACCAGCGCACAAGCCUUGGACAACGUCGCAGCCGCCCUCGCUGCAGUGAGUGCUCCGAAUCCGCAGCAGAGCCAGAGCCCCGCUGUUCACACACAGCCCGCCAAAUCGGCACGGCCUGCGGUUCAGGCACCGCCUGCAUCGCCCGUAACGCUUGCAUCGCGUGUACACAUCACAGCAGUAAGCCCCAGCUCCAGCACUGCCAAGCCAGUGACAGCACCGGCCACAUUGGCGGCAUUCGCGGCACAAGAUCCGACAAUAGCGGCAUCUGCAGAGAGUGCGGCUCAGGAGGCAGAGAAGGCGGCAGCGGAGGCAGAGUUGGAAGCGCAAGGUGCACAGUCUCUCGCCCUGGCCCCGCCGGUUAAGCUGGGCAGCGGUGCGAAGGAAGAUCUGGAGGAUGAGAAGCUCGUGAGUCUCAUGGACGACGGGGACGCAGGCGACGAUGAUGCGUAG